CCGAGAGGUAUAAAAGUGACAGUAAAGGAAUGUGUUGAACUAGAGAGAAGAACAGAGGCGGAGGAGGGUAAAGUGAAUGUGGGAACGAGUACAGAACAGAGAAAAGUCAAGACCGCACACUUGACACGAAGGUGAACGUUCAAGGGUCACAUGUUGCAGCAGAGUGUGAGAAUGUCGCUGAGGUCACUUCUCGUCCUUCUGGGAUUCACUUCUGUGGCUGCUGUUACUACUCGAGACAACUAUGAGUGGACUACGUGGUUCAACGUCGAUCACCCAGAAGGUCCUGGGGACUACGAGCAGCUGGAGGCCAUUCGCUUUUAUUACCGUACACGAGUAUGUGAGACCCCACGUGCCAUUGAGGCCAGAACCACUGACUGGGUCCCAGCACGUGAAACUGGGGAGAAGGUCCAUGCUGACCCCACUGUGGGCUUCUGGUGUUUCAAUGAGGAGCAAGGUCCUGGGCGCAACUGCUCUAACUAUGCAGUCCGCUUUCUCUGUCCUAAAGUAGACAACAGUGUGAACAUUGAGGGUACCUGGGGUCCUUGGUCAGACUGGAGCCCAUGUCCUGCUCUGUGUGGCCAAGUGGGGGUCCGGCUUCGCUCUAGACACUGCCUAUCGGGAUCAGUCCCAUGCAACGGACCCAAGGUAGAAGGCAAAUCAUGCAACGGACCUGAAUGUCCAACGCCACAGUGUUCCCUGCAGUGCACGAUGGGGAAGGUGAACGCCUUCUGUGACACGUGCAUGUGUGAAAAGCACGUCCUGUUGGGGUCUGUGCGUGGAGCUGGUGGGCUCACUGCAGAGGGGGCAACCAUCCUUCAAAGCGGCAAACUCCUCACCCUCACUGACCACAACGGGCACUUCCGUAUCCCUGGCGUGUGCCCCGACGGAAACACCACCCUGACGGUCCGCCUACAGGGCCAUGCCACCGCUGACGUUGUUGUGCCCCACAGCGACGAACACACCUCGGUUCUCAGUGUCCAGCUGAAAAGAACGGAGAAGCUCCACGUGCUGAGCAACCCUGAGAGCAAAGCCAGGAGGGAGGGACAAACCGCCGCUUUCUGCUGCAAAGUAGCAGGAACACCACAGCCAGACAAGUAUCAGUGGUUUCAUAACAACAGUCUCCUGGAGAAACACUCUGGGAGCACCUUAGUCCUGAAAAAUCUGGGUGCUGAGCAUGCAGGGGAGUACUACUGCAGAGCAAGCGCUCUCUCUGGCAGUAUCAAGACAAAACCAGCCACACUUCAGGUCUUAGCUAAAGACGAGCAUUCGUGCAACCCCAGGCCUGAACCUCACGUCAUACGUCUUCCUCAUGACUGCUACCAAAGCAGCACAGACUCAUUCUACUAUGACGUGGGAAAGUGCCCCACAUCUAAGUGUGCUGGACAGCUGGAUAAUGGCAUCAGGUGCAGCGACAAAGUGGCCUACUGCUGCGGGGUGAAGAAGAUGGACAAGCGGAAGAUAACCUGUGAGGGCUACGAACUACCUACCAUGGUGGUGACUGAAUGUGGCUGCCAGAAAUGCGUGGACACAAAGGCUACUGUGCAUGGUAGGGCAUUUGCUGCGGACAAUGGUGAGCCAAUGAGGUUUGGCCACAUUUUUAUGGAUGGAGUCAGAAUCAGCCGCACAGGUUACAAAGGUACAUUCUCCAUCCAGGUCCCUGCAGAAACAGACAGGCUCGUCUUAACAUUUGUGGACAACAUGCAGAAAUUUGUGAAUACGACAAAGGUGCUUACGUUUAACACCAAAGGAGGAGCGGUUUACCAUGAAAUCAGACUACUAAGAAAAAAGGCUCCUGUGACAAUCAGCUCCACAGAAACCAAUACUCUGGAACUUGGGGAGGCAGACGGCCAAGAGGCAAUGGUUCAAAUUCAGAUUCCUCCCCAUACUUUUUUCAGGGAGAAUGGGGAAGUCUUCACGGGUAACGUCAAUGCUAGUGUAACUUUUCUUGACCCUAGAGAUGUAUCCACAGCUGCUGCAGCUCAAAGUGAUCUCAAUUUUGUAGGGGAUGAAGGAGAUACCCUGCCAUUGAGAACCUAUGGUAUGUUCUCAGUUGACUUCAGGGGUGAGGAAAAUAACGAGCCCCUAAAUGCAGGCGAAGUAAAGGUCUUCUUAGAUUCUGCUCAGGUAAAGAUGACCGAACACCUCCAGACCAUGAAACUGUGGUCCUUAAAUCCCCAUACUGGUCUUUGGGAGCAGGAGGGAAGUCUGCAGAUGGAGAAGAAAAGAAGAGGAAAAAGGGAAGAGAGAACCUUUCUGAUUGGAAACAUGGAGAUCAGAGAGAGGCGUCUGUUUAACCUAGAUGUCCCAGAGAACCGGCGGUGUUACGUGAAAGUAAGGGCCUUCCGCAGUGAACGCUACAUGCCCAGUGAGCAGGUGGAAGGAGUUGUGGUGAGUCUCAUAAACAUGGAGCCCACGGUUGGUUUCUCCACCAACCCACGGGCCUGGGGACGUUUUGAUAGUGCCGUCACUGGCUCCAAUGGAGCCUGUCUUCCUGCCUUCUGUGAUGAACAGGCAGACGCCUAUUCUGCAUACGUCAUGGCCAACCUUGGAGGUGAGGAACUAGAGGCAGUCCCUUCUGCUCCCAAAUUCAAUCCCGGCCUCAUAGGAGUGCCCCAGCCUUACCUAGGUAAACUUAACUACAGGCGAUCUGACCAUGAAGACUCCAGGCUGAAGAAGACAGCAUUCAGCAUCAAUCUGGCAAAACCAAGCCCCAACACGGCCGAGGAAGGCAACGGACCUGUGUAUGCAUAUGAAAAGUUAAAAGAAUGUGAGGAGGCGCCGUUCAGUGCAGCACAUUUCCGCUUUUCAAGGGUAGAAGGAGACCGAUACGAUUACAACACAGUGCCAUUCAACGAAGAUGACCCAAUGAGCUGGACCGAGGACUACCUGAACUGGUGGCCAAAGCCCAUGGAAUACCGAGCCUGCUACAUCAAAGUCAAACUCAACAGCCCACAUGAGAUCAAUGUGCGGUCUCACAACAUGGGUGGAACCCACCCCAAGACGGUGGGCCAGUUGUACGGCCUCCGAGACACUCGCAGCAUCCGUGACAUGGACCAGACCAAUGUAUCCGCUGUUUGCCUCGAGUUCAAAUGCAGCGGGAUGCUGUACGACCAGGAUCGUGUCGAUCGUACCCUGGUGAAGGUGAUUCCACAAGGAAGCUGUAAGAGAGAUCACGUCAACGCUAAGCUACAGGAGUACUUAGUUAACCAUCUGCCCCUGGCUGUGAACAAUGACACUAAUGAGUUCACCAUGCUAGCACCUCUCGACCCGCUGGGCCAUAACUAUGGGAUUUACACAGUAACGGACCAGGAUCCCCGCACAGCCAAAGAAAUCGCCCUUGGACGUUGCUUUGAUGGCUCUUCAGAUGGUACGUCUCGUGUCAUGAAGAGCAAUGAGGGCAUAGCGCUGACGUUCACCUGUGGAGAUCGUGAGGCAAUGCGCCAGAGCAUCUUCCAGGUUGUGCAGAAUUCUCAAGGUCAGAUCGGAACAAGUAAAGGGAGAGGAGAAAGCAGGCACAACAGACGCCGGCAGAGCAGUAGACGUAGCACCAGAAAUCCUACAGGAAAACGUACGAAGCCACAAGCCAAACAGUGAAUGGGCUUCAUGCAGAUUCCUGGUAAAUAAUUACCCUAGAGGUGGACAGCAUUAACCUUCAGGCAUGUAUUGACUGAUCUAAGAUUAAGUGAAUAUGUACCUAAACAAAUCUAAGCCUAUUUUCAUUUUUAGCUUUACCCCAAUGAAUAACUUGUUUGUUGUUUUACAACUGUACUGUAGUAAAUAUUUACUUGAAUUUGUAAAUAUUGUAAUAUUUAUUACAUAUACCUUAGAAUUCUGAGCUCACUGCUGUGUUUAUCACUAAAGAAACGCAAGGACGACA